UCUAGGACAGCAGCGAUGAAGCACUGUUUUUACAAUGAGACUGUGGGGUUCUUCUACAACAACAGCCGCAAAGAGCUGACCACAUACUGGAGGACAAAGGAUGUCCUGGUCGUUGCCCUGGGCCUGACGGUGAGUGUCAUCGUGCUCCUGACCAACCUGCUGGUCAUCACCGCUAUCAUCAUCAACCGGCGUUUCCACUACCCCAUCUACUACCUGCUGGGGAACCUGGCAGCUGCCGACCUCUUUGCUGGCAUCGCGUACAUGUUCCUCAUGUUCCACACGGGGCCCAGGACAGCAGAGCUCUCCCUGAAGACCUGGUUCAUCCGCCAGAGCCUGCUGGACACCAGCUUGACAGCCUCCGUGGUGAACCUGCUGGCGAUCGCUGUAGAAAGGCACCAGACUGUGUUCACCAUGCAGUUACACAGCAAAAUGUCCAACCAGCGUGUGAUGAUCCUGAUCUUCUGUAUUUGGGUCACGGCCCUGCUCCUGGGGCUCAUCCCGUCCUACGGCUGGCACUGCCUCUGUGCCCUGGAGAAGUGCUCCAGCAUGGCACCGCUCUACAGCAGGAGCUACCUGACCUUCUGGGCCAUCUCCAACCUUGUCAUCUUCCUGAUCAUGGUGGUUGUGUACACGCACAUCUUCAUCUAUGUCAAAAGGAAGAUGACACGGAUGUCCAAGCAUACUAGUUUCCACCCCCGCUACAAGGAGACCAUGAUCAGCCUUGUCAAGACGGUCACCAUUAUCCUAAGUGCUUUUGUCAUCUGCUGGACUCCAGGACAAGUUGUGCUCCUCCUGGAUGGCUUGGGCUGCAAGAGCUGCAAUGUUCUAGCGGUGGAGAAAUACGUCCUUUUGCUGGCAGAGAUCAAUUCGUUGAUAAACGCUAUUGUCUACUCUUACAGGGACAAUGAGAUGCGUAGCACCUUCCGGAGGAUCCUCUGCUUUGUCUGUUAUAGGAAUUCCAAAUACACCCCCACGGUGGUGAAGCUGAACACCACAGACCGCAGAACGCUUUCUCAGAACGGGCACUUUACUGUGGAUUCCUCUAUUUAG